AUGAAUCGAAGUUUUAGGGCACAAGAGUCGUCACGGUUGCUGGAUUCAGCAGCGAGGCAGAGGCAACAGCUUAGGGCUUCUAUGAUGGCUGAGAAAGACGAAGAGCUCUCUUUGUUUCUUGAGAUGAGACGGCGUGAGAAGGAGCAGGAUAGUCUCCUUCUCAACAACAACCCUGAUGAGUUUGAGUCUCCAUUAGGUUCAAAGCCUGGGACUUCACCGGUGUUUAACAUCUCAAGCGGUGCUGCUCCAGCACGGAAGACAGGUCCUCCUGAUGAUUUUCUCAACUCUGAAGGCGACAAAAAUGACUAUGAAUGGCUUCUGACACCUCCAGGUACUCCUCUAUUUCCCUCGCUGGAGAUGGAAUCACAUAGGACUAUGAUGAAUCAGAAUGGUGAUUCAAAGGGUCGCCCUGCUGCAUUGACUUCUAGGCUGGCGAAUUCAUCAUCAGAGCCUGCUGCAAGGAACCAUCUAACAUCUAGACAACCACCAACUUCCUCUUCUAAUGGAACAACUCGGAGACCUUCAUCAUCUGGAGGACCUGGUUCAAGACCCGCAUCAGCUGGAGGACCUGGAUCAAGACCCGCCACACCCACUGGAAGAUCAUCAACACUUACAACAACUAACUCAAAAUCCUCCUCAAGGCCUUCCACACCAACCUCACGAACCACCACCGUCUCCUCAACUACUCGACCUUCUCUGACUAACUCCAGAUCCACUAAGCCUACGCCUCCUAUGAGUAGGUCAACAAGUUCAUCUAGGCUCACACCUAGUGCAUCUAAACCAACUACUAGGCCUGCUGGUUCAACAACUAGAUCCACCACUAGCACCGCCACCACAAGAUCUGCAGGUCCUUCAAGAUCCACCACACCUCUCUCAAGAUCCACCGCUAGAUCUUCAACACCAACUUCUUCAAGACCCACACUCCCUCCUCCUAAAACCAUAUCAAGAUCAUCCACACCAACUCGCCGUCCUCCGAGUGCUGCAACCACUACUACAUCAAAGCCAUCUCAAAUCAAACCUUCUUCUCCAGCUGCAAAGCCAACACCAUCUAAAACCACUCCCGCUGCUGCAUCACGUGCUCCUUCUCCCACAGUGAGGUCAAGGCCAUGGAAGCCAUCAGACAUGCCUGGCUUCUCACUAGAGACUCCUCCGAAUCUAAGAACAACAUUACCGGAAAGGCCACUCUCGGCGACAAGAGGCAGGCCAGGAGCUCCAAGCCCUCGCUCUAAUUCAGUUGAGCCAGCGGGAGGAGGAAGAGCGAGGAGGCAGUCAUGUUCACCGUCAAGAGGAAGAGCGCCGAUGCACGCUAGCGGCAGCUCGGUUCCUGCGGUUAACCGUGGAUAUUCAAAAGCUAAUGAUAAUGUUAGUCCUGUGCUGAUGGGAGCAAAGAUGGUGGAGAGAGUCAUAAACAUGCGGAAGCUGGCUCCUCCUAGAUCAGAUGAAAAGGGCUCUCCUCAUGGUAACUUGUCUGCAAAGUCCUCGUCGCCGGAUAGUGCUGGAUUUGGAAGAACACUCUCCAAGAAGUCUCUUGACAUGGCCAUAAGACACAUGGAUAUACGGAGGACCAUACCAGGGAAUCUGAGACCUUUAAUGACAAACAUUCCAGCAUCAUCAAUGUACAGUGUGAGAUCUGGACAUACUCGUGGCAGACCGAUGAAUGUUUCAGACUCUCCACUAGCGACAAGCAGCAACGCAAGCUCAGAGAUCAGUGUCUACAACAACAAUGGCGUUUGCUUAGAAGCAGCUAGCGAGAAGGAAGAUGACGCUGGUAGCGAGAGAGGUUGCAGGUCUCCUCCUGCUAGCUUACAAGGGAGAUAGAUGAAAGAAAUGAAGAAAUUUGUUAAACCGUUGACAUUUGAGAUCCUCUUUGUCUUUAUUAUUAUUAUUAUUGUGAGUUGUCUUUCACACGAUAUGUGAUGUAGCGUCAGUACUUUCUAACCUGAAGUCGCCUCUAUGGUAUUGUUAUCUGAGAUAAUUUAACCACUUUUUAAUGA